GACUGAAUAUAAAGCGAAGCAGAAAUUAAUUCAGUAUCAUUUCUGUGCUGCGUCUCUUUGGAGAAGGACUAAGGAAGAAGCUAUUUGAAGUUAUUUUGUAAAAUGAAAAAUAAACUCAUAUUAUGUGGACUUUUCUUCGCGCUGCUCCAAGCGACAGUGUAUGGAAAACGGAAUGAGCCUGAUCCCUCCAUAAUCGAUGAGCCAUUGAAAAUUAACGUAGAUGCCGGGAAAGAGAGAGACAGUUGCAUGAGUUUGGCUAAAACAAUCGAAGAAAAGCAAAGUCUAAUAGAUGAUGCACUGAAUAGAAUGACAGCGAAAAUCGAAGCAAUGGAAGAAAGAAUAACCGCGGAAGCCAAAGCAACCGAGGAUAGGUGUACUCAACGAAUGACCGCGGAAGCCAACGCAACUGAGGAGAGAUGGAAUCAACGAUUGACAGAGGUGAUAAAAACAGCGGAAGGAAGAAUGUCUGCGGAAAUUACACGGUUGAAUCAGAAAGUAGUUGAGUUAAGCAACCAGCUUGCCAAAAAACAGACGUUGCCACACCUCAGAAACGUCCAGCAGAACUUGCUUGUGAAAAAAUAACUAAUGAUUUGCGAUCGAUUGAUCCCGUGACCUCGUUCAGCGCCUUUCUUUUUAAAUCUGACAGUGCAGUUGGCUUAUGUAGAGGCAAUUGGAUUGACAAACGGUUUUAUAUAACUGCAGCAGGUUGCGUAUCAACUGUCAA